AGAUACUUAGAGGGAUUUGACUCUCCUCUUAGUGUGCUCUGCCAAACUUCUCUCUGCUUCUUCUUUUGUCUGUGAAUCCUUCCCUUCCAGUCAUGUCGACCAGAACCAGUAUGUCCGUGAAAACUGUCAGGAGCAGCAUGAGUGGAGGCGGUGGCAGUUUCAGCAGUGGUGGUGUUGGUGGUGUUGGUGGUGCUAGUUUCAGCGCUGGUAGUUACAGCUCUGGUGGUGCUUUCAGAGCUGGAGGAGGAGGAGGAGGAAGAGUAUAUUCCUCAAGAUCUGCCAUUGUAUCCGCCAGGCCACUCAUAAGCAGUGGAAGUAGCUCAGUGAUUAGGACAAGCAUGGGUGGUGGUCUCGGCAGCGCUUAUGGCGGUAGUUUAGGUUUUGGUGGUAGUAGCUAUGGUGGUGGUAUUGCUGUGGGUGGAGGAUUGGCAAUGCCUCCUAUCACUAAUGUCACAGUCAACCAGAGCCUGCUGGCUCCCCUGAACCUCGAAAUCGACCCCAACAUCCAGCAUGUCCGUACCCAGGAGAAAGAGCAGAUCAAGACUCUCAACAACCGCUUUGCCAGCUUCAUUGACAAGGUACGCUUCCUGGAGCAGCAGAACAAAAUGCUGGAGACCAAGUGGAGCCUGCUGCAGGAACAGACCACCACCCGCUCCAACAUUGAUGGCAUGUUCGAGGCCUACAUCGCCAACCUGCGUAGACAGUUGGAUGGGCUUGGCAAUGAGAAAGUCAAGCUGGAGGGAGAGCUGAGGAACAUGCAGGUGCUGGUUGAGGACUUCAAGAACAAGUAUGAAGAUGAAAUCAACAAGCGUGCUAGUGUGGAGAAUGAGUUUGUGCUCCUCAAGAAGGAUGUAGAUGGUGCCUACAUGAACAAAGUUGAGCUCGAGGCCAAGGUUGAUGCCCUUCAGGAUGAGAUUAACUUCCUCAGAGCUGUCUAUGAGGCGGAACUGCGUGAGCUCCAGGGACAGAUCAAAGACACCUCAGUUAUUGUGGAGAUGGACAACAGCCGCAAUCUGGAUAUGGAUGCCAUUGUUGCUGAAGUCAAGGCUCAGUAUGAGGCGAUCGCAGCCCAGAGCCGCAGUGAAGCUGAAUCAUGGUACCAGCAGAAGUACCAAGAGAUGCAGACCAGUGCAGGUCAAGCCGGAGAAGACCUUCGCAACACCAAGAGUGAGAUUGCUGAGCUUAACCGCAUGAUUAGCCGCCUCCAGAAUGAGAUUGAGGCAGUCAAGGGACAGCGUGCCAACCUGGAGGCCCAGAUCGCCGAGGCUGAGGAGCGUGGUGAGCUGGCUGUGAAAGACGCCAAGGCCCGCAUUAGAGACUUGGAAGAGGCUCUGCAGAGAGCCAAACAGGACAUGGCCCGCCAGGUCCGCGAGUACCAAGAGCUCAUGAAUGUCAAACUGGCUCUGGACAUUGAGAUUGCUACCUACAAGAAGCUACUGGAAGGAGAGGAGUGCAGAAUUGCUUCUGGUGGUUCAUCUGCAACCAUCCACAUACAGAGCUCAAGCGGCGGCUAUGGUCUAAGCUCAGCAGGAGCUGGUGCCUAUGGUGGCGGAAUUGGAAUAAGCAGUGGCGGUGGCGGCAUGAUCAUGAAUGGCAGUGGCUUUGGCCUUGGAGGCGGCGACGGCAUUCAGUUGAGAAGCAGCAGCAGCAGCAGCAGCUUGAGGACAAGCGGUGGCAGCAUCCGUCGUUAUUAAAAACAUCUUAUUCCCUCAUUUUGUUCUCCUCCUCUUGACCCUUCUUUCUCAUACAAGCUUUCAUAAACCCCACCAGCUCAUUCAAAAACAUUUACAUCUCACCAUUGACAGCUGGCAAAUCCAUGCAUACAGCUCUCUUUGACUCUCUGUGUUACUGCUCUCAGCAUCACAUACCUACAGGGAGUCAGAAACAACAUUAGAAUACAAGUAGAGGCAGAGAGAUCAUUAGACCAGAAACAAAGAGCAACAGAGAUGUGAGUCAGUCCUCUUUUCCUUUGAUCAGUCAGCCUGGCUGCCUUUUGGUUGCUGGAUGUGCUGUUGUGCAGACAAGAGCAUACUUGUAGUGUCAUAACAGAGAAUCCUAACAAGGCAACAAUCAUUGUACACAAAAUGAUAACAGCAUUUCUUAGAUUUGCACAGAGGGGAUUCAACAUUUACGAAGCAUACAUGACUGGCAUAAAUAUACAGUAAAGUCCUCUUUUCUGCAAUAUCUCACAUGUGUCAUCUUGUUGUGCAUCUUGACAUCAUCAAAAGCAGCCACAUAUGUUCAUUAUUCAUUAUAGGGAUCCUCCUUCUCUUCUCCCAUUCUGAAAGAAAAUGAGUUACUCAAUAUAUACAUGGUUUUUGAUCCUGUUUUACUUUCCCACUCUGAAUAAAAAGGAACAUGGAUAAGGCUGACUGAGACCACCAGAUUUAUUGUGAAUUUGUACCAUCAAAAUGUCUGGAAUAAAUCUGACUUCAUAUUAA